AUUCGAUUCCGCUACAUGGACCAGACGGCGCGAUAGCUCUACUGUGCUUCCGCGACAAACGCUGUCCCCAAAUAAUGCCCUUCCAAUAGUUACGCCUUCGAUUAUCCAUAUCCGCCCGAAUGACUUGGGUUUCAGUCCUCAAAACCAUCCUCUAUGUCACACUCUACCCUCUGAUCGUGCUUCUCGGCUGGGGAUAUGGACUGCUACGAGCGAUAGUGGUCUUCCCAUUGGUGCGACUGGGGGGUUGGGUGCUCCAUGUCGUUCUUCUCCCGUUGAGGCUUCUCGCCAAGUUCGAGGCCAUCCUUAGCUUCCUGGCAGUCGCAGUGCUCACGGGGAUCGUUCUGGGGGUGGUGCAAUACUAUGUAACCCGGAUUACGGUGAACACGCUUCACCGAUGGGCUGGGUAUAUCUGGAAUACCGUCUUCCGCCGCAGGAGAGAGCCAGCGCAAAAGAGCGCAGGUUCAUCUUCUCCGAACGAUAAUGAUUCUCGUUCAUCCAACGAGUCAGACUACGCGAAUGGCGGCGAUGGCUGCGAUGAGUCCUUCUCCGCCUGGGACAUGGGACACAAGCCAUGGCUGCCGAAGGAUAAGGAUGUGGGACUCCUCUCAUCGACGAUACUGGAAGAGGAGGAAUUCAGCCAGGAAUCCAGUGCCAGUGCCUCGUAGAUAGGGUGGACGAGAGUAAGGGAAGGGGGAGGAAUGGGACAAUGAAUAACUAAUCUCCGGCAGAUAUUGACGCAAUCAAUCCGCGACGGCCGUGGUUCUUGACUGGGGCGAUGGACCCUUCCGCCGGCACCGUCCCGGUCGCCGCAGCACCACCGGUUCGUUUAAUUAAUUAAUCUCCCAUUAAACCCUCAUUAAACUGUCAGCCAGGCAGAAACAUAUCGAUG